AAAAUCAAUCGUUUCAGUUGGUUGUCGCCGCGUAAGAGCGAGUGAGAUCGAGUCUGUGUGUGUCAAUCAAAUUGUGAGCCUGCCUUAACGUGUCUCUGUAUUUGUUGUUCAUGUGUAUAUGUGCGAGCAGACAAAAAUAAUAAAAAUAACACUGCUUAUCGUCAAAUCAGUUGCGAACAUGUGUUAGUGUUUGUGUGCAUACGUGCAUGUGAUGGCGCAGUUUUUAUACGUUUUGUGCAAAAAAUUCAUGAAAUUAUUACAUACACCUACACACACAAAACGAAAGUGUUACGCAGCCGCUUCUUGGUCGUGUAAUUAACGCAGCCACAGCAGCAGACAACAACAGCGACACUUUACCACUUACCUUGACGUCAUUUUUUUUCUGACGACAACAAAAAACGCCAAAACGCGUAUAGUUGUUCUUGUUGUUUUUGUUGGUGGUGUUUGGUUGGCUGGUUCGGUUCGGUGGCUGGCUGUGCUUGGCACGAAGCGAAUGAACGUUUUUUAAUCAAAAGUUGUUGUUAUUAUUGUCACUGGGUUUAUACAGUGCGUAAAAAACGUCUGGCAGCGACCGCAAAAAAGAGCCGAGUGUAAAAAUUUGCAUUAAUGCAGCAAAGCGUCGUCGUCGUCGGUGUAUUAAUGAAUGAGUUCGUAAACAACAAAAAAGCAAAAGUGCGCAAAGAACAACAAAACUAAUUGCAAAAACAAACACAAUUAACCGUGAAAAUUAGCGCGAAAGAAGCGGUGAAAACAACAUCAGCACAAUGGUCUAUUAUAUAUCAAUUUUUGGUCGUACCGAUCCACCAGAUAAAAUAAUAACAAAGGAAAAGAGCAUGGCCUGUCUGCAGGAUGAGUUUGGACAUCUAGGACUGGCCACAACAGAUCUGCCCUUCAAAUCAGCCGACAUCGACUCAUCUGCCCCGCAGCAUCACAAUAACUAUGCAGAGAUCACGGACAGCAGUGCCGAGAACACGUGCCAACAGCGAUGGCCACCACACGCUGGCGGAGGAGGAUUGGCUAGUGCUUUUGGGCACCCGGAUAAACCCAUUGGCUGGAUGUAUGGGCUGCUGGGUUGUAUGAAGCCCGUGUUGUCUUUCAUAGGCAAAGCUGGUGUGAUUGAGGUGAAGAAUCCACGUAGUGAAGACUGGGAAAUACCCUUCGAGUCCAUAACGGAUCUGGAAUGGUUGGGCAGCGGAGCCCAAGGUGCCGUCUUCAGCGGCAAGUUAAAGAAUGAAAUUGUGGCCGUAAAAAAGGUGAAAGAACUGAAGGAAACGGACAUUAAGCAUUUGCGCAAGCUGGAUCAUGAGAACAUUAUCAAAUUCAAAGGAGUUUGCACACAAUCGCCGGUGUUUUGUAUUAUUAUGGAGUUCUGUCCUUAUGGUCCACUACAGAAUAUACUGAAGGAGGAGCAGGUCAUGUUGCCGUCCCGUUUGGUCUCUUGGUCCAAACAAAUCGCCCUGGGCAUGCAAUAUUUGCACUCACACAAGAUCAUACAUCGUGAUCUAAAGAGUCCCAACAUACUGAUUAGUACAAACGAAGUGGUGAAGAUUAGCGACUUUGGCACCAGUCGCGAGUGGAAUGAGAUUAGCACCAAGAUGAGCUUUGCCGGCACCGUUGCCUGGAUGGCGCCCGAAGUCAUACGCAAUGAGCCCUGCUCUGAGAAGGUGGACAUCUGGUCGUAUGGUGUGGUGCUCUGGGAAAUGCUCACGUGUGAGAUACCCUACAAGGAUGUCGACUCAUCGGCCAUCAUUUGGGGUGUGGGCAACAAUUCGCUCAAGCUGCUCGUGCCCAGCACUUGCCCCGAGGGCUUCAAGCUGCUCGUCAAGCUCUGUUGGAAGAGUAAGCCACGCAAUCGCCCCUCGUUCCGGCAGAUACUCAGUCAUCUGGACAUUGCCGGGCCGGAGUUGUUGCGCAAAACUGAAAAGCAAUAUUUUGAGACGCAAAAGUCUUGGAAGGAGGAGGUGCGUUGCCAUCUGAAGGAGAUCACACAGAAUGGCACCAGCAUUCACAAGUAUGAGCAGGAUUUAAUAAAGCGACGCACUGCUGAAUGGCGACAUGCCCAGGACAUACGCAUGGUCUACGAGGAUAAGCUGCAGAAGACGAAUCAACUGUUCUUCGAGCUGAGCGAGUGCAUGACACAGCUGCAGGAGAAGGAGAAGGAAAUUGCCGAGCGAGAACGUAAAUUGCCUGGAUCUGGUUAUAAGCCCACGAGGCGACUGGGCAACACACUUAGGAAAAUGCAGCACUAUCGGCGUCGUCUGAACGCGCCGCCAGCCCAACAAAUCCAACAGCAGUCCUCAACACCCGAUCCCGAAACCACGCCAGAGAGUCCUGUUAAGUGCAUGCUGUAUGCGCAGCUGGAUGUCAACUGUCAGCCUAAAUCGUACUGUGCUGUGAGCAACGGUCUCGUUAUUGGCGGCAGCAUGUGCAGCAAGAAUAAAAAGACUUGGCGUCAUCGACGCAAUGGUUCCGGCUCCUUUGCCGCACCGCCCAAAUACAGUCCGACACGGGAUCGUCGCUACCAGAGCGAACCGGAGAACCGCAAAGUGCAGCUGGUCGAGCGGCAAACUCAAACCGAUGCCAUGGAUGUUAGCGAAACGGAUAUAAGUCCUUGUGCCGAGCAACCGAUCGAUGUGACACCGCCUCCCAAUCAUCGCCAGUUGCCGCUGCAACUGCAACGCGUGCAACAAAUGGCCGCUGUCAUGGCCCAACAGGCGAAGGUGCAGUCAAGCACGCCAACGGACAACAAUUCACCAGCCAAUGUCGCCAGUCCAUCGAAUGGCAAUUCGCUGAGCAACAGCGAGCUAACCUAUCAGGAUGCCUGCUCCAGUCCCGAUCAACUCAUCGACGAUGUGAUGAACAGCAACGAGCGACUGGACAUCACCGACUGCUGCAGUGACAAUGAAAAUCUCGAGCGUUUGGGCCGCAAAGUGAUUGAAUUCAUCAACGAGAAUCGGCUGUCCAUACAAUCAAAUGCCACAGAGAAUGGCAACGGUGGCAGUGGAGUCAACACACACACCGGCACGACACCAGAGUUGCGUGAUGUGGGCGUCAAUAGUAGUCCCAGCCUGAGUCGUUGCAGCAGCACGCAGAGUAGAAGACAGAAGCGAACGCAGUUGCAGGAGAAUCCCACAAAUGUGAUUGCAAGCAAUGCGAAUGGCGAGUCGCAGGAGCAUUUGGGCGAGGAUAGUUGGUCGGAUGAGGAGGGCGAGGAUACCGACUACAACUAUGCGCUGCGCAGAAGGAGCAUUGGUCGUCUGCCCAUUGGACGUGGCAUGAGGCCAAGACGCAGCUACAAGGCGCCGCUAUCCCAAAAGAUUGCCAUACACAAACGGAAUGUAGUCAUUGUAUCCGAUGAGGAGAACACCUCCGAGUACAGUCACUCUCCAUCGAGUCAGCACUCGACGCUCGAAAGCAAUACGGACGUGCCGGAUGCUCUGAAACAGACGCAGCAGCAGCAACAUCAAAAGCAUGCAAGUUCCAGCGAGACGGAUUCAAGCGACUCCAGCGAAGACGAGGAGGAGAAGCCGAAAGCAACAGCAACAGCUUCGGCUUCAGCGUUGGCCAUGGGCUCGAUUCGCAGCAGCGAUAUUAUAUCCAUACCGACCUACGAGGCUGAUGGCGCCGUUAAUAUGGUUUAACCUAGUUACUCAUAGCCUAAGUGAAAAACAAACUCCUACAACAAUUAACCGCAAACAACUAUCUCUAUAUACUCAAAGCAAAAAACGAAAAACAACAAAAAACAAAAGGAAAUCCAAAACUGUAUGGUAUUAUCUAUGUCGUCGUAUGUCGUACUAUGUAUGUCCAUGUCCGAUCGUCUCUUUAGUUUAUGUAUCUGUAUAGAUAAUGGCCAACAAUUUGAAGCGUUGAGCGUUUCAGUUACCAUUAAAUCAUUUGCCUAAAUCGCAAGGGCAUCCACAUUAACCCGACCCAAAACUCAUCCUCCAUAUUCACUGUAAGGGUUUUUGGGGCAAUCUUUGUCAUCUACUUGUAAUGUUUUCUUGCAUUUCCUCUAAUUUGCAAACCACCUAUGUUAAUGGUUUUAUUUUAAUUCAGUAAGCUGCCUUUGUAAUAUAUUUAAAAAAUGCCGUAAUUGUACAUUUAGUUUAGCCAUUAAGUAGUAUUCAAUCGUAAGAGCUUAAAUCGCAACACGCUCCCAACAAACAAAACAAAACAAAAACAACAAAAAAAAUUAAGUAAUUAAGAAAGAAUGAAAAAUAAUAGAAUUGGCCUCAGGCAAUAAAUAGAAAAAGAAUGAGAGAAAUACUUAUUGUAUGUGUAACGCAAAAUAGUCAGGGAUAUUUUUUAUAUACGGAAAAUUUGCUACGAAAUCGAAGAGAAACGUUUUUUAAAACGAAGCGCAUUAGAUUUUAUAAUUUUGUAGUUUGCAUUUGGGAUACUUCCGAAUCACGUUUGGAUUUAGCCCAUUCUGGUAAUCGUACUUAAUUUUUCGAUAUGCACAAAAUUCAAAGCUUCAGUGCCUUAAAGCAAAUAUUUGAGAAUCGACAAAAAACAAACAAAACAAAGAAAAUAAAACAACUGAAAAUUGUAAUAGAUCUGUAAAAUGAUUAGCCACGGCUUUGACGUGGAAAAUGUGCGCUUUUAAUCCCCCAUUUUAAAACUUAGCUAUAUAAAUGCCACCCAAAUUGUCCGCUCAAGACUUGUACUUCUCGAAAGCGCACAUCACGCUGCAAAACAAAUAAGAAAUAAUAUAAAAAGAAAAAAAAAUACAAAUUUAAAGUACAUAUUUCUAUAUACACUCAAUAAUAUAUACACUAUAUAUUUACACACUAGUUGGAUGUUUAGCUAUCGUAAGAUGCGUCGCAUGCAAAAAUUUCUCUACAUUAUGUAAAUGUACUCCAUAUUAAGUUUAAAUUUAACGACUCAUACGAAUUAGUAGUAAUAAUAAUAAAACCAAAAACCCAAAAAGUA